AUGGACAGAUUACAAGCGCUCGAGUCAGCGCUGGAGAAGAUCGUCCUCGACCCGAAGUACCAUGACAUCCUUACACUGGUAAAAGGUGUACGGAAUGGCAUCGUCUAUGGCGCCAAAGUGCGCUUCCCGCACGCACUUGUGAUGAUGUUUCUCUUCCGCUCAGGAACAAUACGAUCAAAAUGCUGGCUCGUCUACAAAGCCACACGGCAACACGCCCGUAACCUCGGCCUUUUUGCCCUCGUCUACAAAAGCGCCAUGCUCUUCCUCCGGCACACCUCACCCCUAGGGAAGGAGCGUCACUACGACGCCUUCCUCGCCGGUCUCCUCGGCGGCUACACAGUCUUCGGACGCACCAUUCACAACUCGGUCUCCCAGCAGAUCGUCAUAUACGUCUUUGCGCGUGUGGUAUUGUCGCUGGCGAAGCUCGCGGUACAACCGAGGCAUGUUGCCGGGACACCAGGCGGUGUAGGGGGUUUGGAGCUGUUCGGUGAUGGGGAGCUGAGGAGGAGUAUGAUUCGGAAUGGAUGGCCUGCUUUUGCGAGUUUGAGUUGGGCGAUGGUCAUGUAUUUGUUCAGGUGGCAUCCGGAAACUGUGCAGGGCAGUCUGAGGAGCAGCAUGAGCUACAUUUACGUGCAGUCGGAUCAUUGGGACUCUUUGCGGACAUUGGUAUGGCACAACAAAUGA